UACAUUGGACUCCUCCAACGCCGGCCGUGCAUGACAGACCCCCGGCAUCCCUACAUACCGGGGAGGGACGAGCUGAACGCCAGGUGCUGGGCUGGCAAACGCUCUGUGGUCGACUCCUCUCACCUGACAGAGCAAGUGAGCGUGCUUAAUACGCACACUGCCAUUGUGACAGCCAGAUGUCCGCACAGCUGUUUGGGUACUGGCUGGUAUGAGACUGAGAAGACUAUAGAGAUGGUUGUUAACUUCAGGAAGAGACCGGCAGCCCACACCCCACUGCACAUCAACAAAUCCAUUGUUGAAAUAGUCAGCAGUGUGAAGUUCCUGGGUGUGCACAUGGCAGACGACCUUUCCUGGAACCUGAACACCACCACCAUCACAAAGAAAGCCCGACGACGUCUUCACUUCCUUCGGAAGCUGAAGAAGGCCAGCCUCCCUCCUCCCAUCCUCACGUCAUUCUACCAGGGGACCAUCGAGAGAGUUCUCUGCAGCUACAUCACUGUCUGGUAUGGAAACUGCACUACCGCUGAAAAGAAGCCCCUGCAGUGGAUAGUGAGGACCGCAGAGAGUAUCAUCGGGGUCCCUCUCCCAGCCAUCUCCCACCUGUAUGAAAAGCACAUCAUCCGUCCUGCGAACAGCAUAGUGAAGGACACUUCCCACCCCUCACAUGCACUGUUCUCUCUCCUUCCGUCUGGUAGGCGGUUCCGCAGCAGCAGAACUGUAACUGCCAGACACUGCAAAAGCUCCUUUCCUCAAGCAGUCAGAGCUCUCAACUCACUGCCACCAAAGGAAUGAUAAACCCACAACACAGAAACACUACAAACUGGACUUUCACACUAUGCUUAUUUGCACACAUCAAUUGAAUAUUUGCUUAAAUAUGUCUACCUUGUGCCCAAUUUGCACUUGUUACAACUGGCACGCCUUUGUCUUGUCAACAAUAUCCUGACCAUAACUUGAACCUGAUAUUUUAAAUACUACCAGCACAUUUCACUUGAGCUCUAACUGCACAUGUCCACUUUGUAUUGUCUCUGUCCUGUUUAUUGUAC